AGCAGUUUUGGAUCAAGCAACUAGGGACGCCUGGGGACACGCACCGCGUGCACGACUGCCCCUCGGGACUCGGAGCUCCCCGCCAUGAGCCCGAGCCCCGAGCAGUUCCGGCACCGGCUCCUCGAGCUGGCCGCGGAGUACGAGAGCCUGCACGCGAGCGGCGCCGACCGCGCUGCGGUCCACGGCCGGAAGCAGCUGUCUCUGGUGGACAGCGCCAGCGUGGCCGAGAGCAGCGCGAGCCUCCAGGGCCCAUGUCGCCGCAGAUGUCGGCUGUGGAGCCAGCCGUGGCGCCGGCGUUGUCGGCCGAGAGCAUGUUCGGCCGGAUGUGCACCCCAGCGUUCUACGCCAGCGCGCCGUCGUCCGCCUCCAACUCGCCCAGGCGGCUCGCAGUCCGCAGCUCGCCGUCGUCCGGUGGCGAGGGCGAGGGCGUGCCCACGGUCGGCGGGUCCUUCAGCAUGCGGUCGUCCCAGGGCAGCGGGCAGCGCGCCCCGCCAGCAGGCAAGGGCGCCCCGGCAGGCGCCCGGGCCCGGGCAGGGACCCCCGGGCGCUCCGUCGCGGGCCAGAUGCUCGCCCGGGCCAGGCGGCCGCGCCUGGCGGGCCGGAGCGGCUCGCUGGACGGGGGCCCCGCCCGGCUGGGCUCGAGUGACGGCGCGAGGGCUCGCAUCCCUCAUCAGUGCCCGACGCUGACGGAGCAGAGGCGGUUCAAAGCUGCCGUGCGGAGGACAGAGGUCAACAUGAGAGUCAACCUCCCCAUGCCAGAGGACGAUGCUUUUUUAAUCCGGGUCGUGAGAAGCCGCGGCUUCAGCAUCGGAAUCGCUGUCCUGAUAUUGUUCAGCACGGUCAUGAUUGGUGUCGAGACCCAGUUGUUGUCAAGCUUGUCCAGCCAGGAGGAGUCCAGCUCGGAGCAGUUGGUAAGUGCUUUGUCGGUAACGAAUUACGCGCUCACCCUGCUGUUCACGGCGGAAUUAGUGGUGCGGCUCUACGCGUUCAGGUUUGAUUUCUUCGUCCACGAAAGAGUGUGGAAUUUCUUCGACGUCAUCAUCCUUGUCCUGGCCCUCGCCGAAGUUGCCCUGGAGAUCGUUGUGAAAGCGGUCUCUGGCACCAGGGGUGACAUGUUCGGGGCAGCUGGCGGUUCUGCGAAGGUUCUGCGCCUCUUCCGCCUGACCCGGCUUCUCCGCCUUGUCCGAACUAUUCGCCAGCUCAAACCGUUGCGGUUAUUGCUGCACUCGCUGUUCUGCGCUGGCAAGUCUGUCUUCUGGGCGCUUUUGCUGCUCUUCAUCAUCGUGUAUUCCUUCGGAGUUAUCCUGACCCAGGCCGUGACGGAGCACACCGAGAGUGGCACGCGAGUCGAGGACGAGCUUCUGAUGGACUAUUACGGGAACCUCUAUCGGUCAAUGCUGAGCCUCUGGUGGGCGGUGUCUGGGGGCAUCAGCUGGAACGAGCUCACCGAGCCGCUGGAGAGAACAGGAAGUUCGCUGUGGGUGGCGUUAUCCCCUCGAAUGACCUCACGAUGUUCCACUCAUUGCCCACGGCACGGUGUCGGAUUCUGUCAGAAUGCAAUCGAAGGAGCUCAGCAAGAUUUGGAGCUUACCAUCGAGAGUCAGCUCAGGGAGAAGCAGGUGUACGCAGACCGCCUGAGGUUGCUCUUCGAGGAGAUGAACGAGUGUUCUACUGAUCGGAGCGAAGGGUUGACAGCAGCAGAGAUCAACUUCCAGCUUGCCAAACCGAAAGUACAGUCAUGGUUUAAAUCGCCUUGGACAUUGACGCGCAACAGGCUUGGAAGCUGUUCAAGAUCCUCGACGCAGAGAAGUCUGGUCGUGUCUCUCUCGAGGAUUUCGUUGAAGGGUGCUUGAAGCUGAGGGGACCUGCUACGCGCGUCGAUGUAGAGUCGUUGAAGUGGGAUGUCAGAGGGGCGUACAAUCGUGGAGAGGCCACUGUCGCGAUGCUUGCCGAAUUGUCCCAUCACCUCGCCCCGCAUGCGAUCAUCCGGGAGACCUUCAACACGGCGAGCGACGCGACCGGCCGCUCGUCCAUUGGGGAAUCCGAGUUCGCGGACAAUCGCUGCCCAGUUCUUCCGGUGGACUCCGCCGACUGUGGACUCCGCUGAACGUCAGUACCAGUGGCCGUCCACGCCGUCCGUCCUCUCCGUGCUCGGCCCCCCCCCCCCGCCUCCGCCCUUCCUUCGCUCGCCCGUCGCGCGAGGCUGAGAUUUGUCCACCACCACCGCCCGGGGGUCCCAGG